AUGGCAAUGCUAAUGAAAUGGAGAUUUAAAGAAGAACCGGAACAACUUUGGGUAAAGGUUAUAGAAGCGAUUCAUGGAAGUAGGAGAACUAUAAAAAAGUAUUCCGGUGAAAAAAAACACUACCUGGAGUCUGGAAAGCAGUCAUCGGAGUGGAUUUGGAUUUUGCUAAGGAAGCCGCUAAAGGAGGAGUUCCCUCUCCUAUUCGGUUUGGCAAAGAACAAAAGAAACAAGAUACAUGAUAACUACAAGAGAAGUCAAGAAGGAAUUUUGUGGGACUGGAGUUGGUCUAGACUUCCGAACAACAGUGAAGAAAAAAGCGAAUAUGAGGGAUUAAAAGAACUGCUACUUCAACAAUCAGUAGGUCGAGAUGAGGAUAUUUGGAGAUGGAAGAAUAACAUGGAAAAAGGGUAUUCGGUGAAAGAGAUUAGGAAGGAGCUAGCCAGAAUCAUCGACGUAAAUGAAGAACCUAAUGGUUUCGAGUGGAGCAAGAUUGCUACGGCUAAGGUAAACUUUUUCAUGUGGAGAGCAAUAGAGGAAAGAAUACCAUCAUCGGUUGCUUUGAAUAGCAGGGGAAUGCAAGUGGGAUCGGUCGACUGCAAAAUUUGUGGUUUAGCCCCGGAAACGGCCAAUCACAUAAUGAUACAAUGUCCGGUAGUAAGGGAAGUAUGGUUACAACUUUGGUCAUGGAUGAAAAUACCUAUUAGGGAUCACAAUGAAAACAUGAAAAGAAGGAUUCAAGAGAAGACAGAAUGGCCUAAAAAGAAGGUAAAUAUUAUUUAUGCAAUUCAUCUUCUAGCCGCUUGGUCCCUAUGGAAAAAUAGAAACAAACAAGUGUUUGAAGAUACACUCAGAAAUCCGGCCAUGAUGGUGGAAAAAAUAAAAGAAGAAUCGUUUGACUGGAUAAAGUUAAGAUCAAGGCAUACGGGAAUAACAUGGAGUGAAUGGCGGAGUUUUUCAUAUUGGAACAAUGUAGUAUAG